GGUUGUGUCUCAGCAUACUACUAAGGUGGGAGGGGGCUCCAGGCAGAUGCUCAGCUCUCCCCUUCUGCUGACGCUCCCACCUGGCUUCACCAAGGCUGUUCUUUGAAAGAAAUUGCCGGAGCUGUGGCAGCUGCUCGAGCAAGCAGCCGAAGCGCGUGGAACCUGAAAAGUCCGGGUGCGCUAGGCUCUCUCACAACUUGGUCCCCAGACCGACAUCAGCACCAUGGACAGCAGCAGCGUCCUCACCAAUGUUAGCAAUUGCACUGAUCCCUUUAAGCGCUCUGCAAGUUGCUCCCUGGUACCCGGCCCCAGGUCCUGGGUCAACUUGUCCCACUUGGAUGGCAACCUGUCCGACCCGUGCGGUCCGAACCGCACGGAACUGGGCGGCAGCGACAGCCUGUGCCCCUCGACCGGCAGCCCUUCCAUGAUCACGGCCGUCACCAUCAUGGCCCUGUACUCCAUCGUAUGCGUGGUGGGUCUCUUCGGAAACUUCCUGGUCAUGUACGUCAUUGUCAGAUACACCAAAAUGAAGACGGCCACCAACAUCUAUAUUUUCAACCUUGCUCUGGCCGAUGCCUUGGCAACCAGUACCCUGCCCUUCCAGAGUGUCAAUUACCUGAUGGGAACAUGGCCAUUUGGAACCAUCCUCUGCAAGAUCGUAAUUUCCAUAGAUUACUAUAACAUGUUCACCAGCAUCUUCACCCUCUGCACCAUGAGUGUUGACCGCUACAUUGCCGUCUGCCACCCAGUCAAGGCCCUGGAUUUCCGUACCCCCCGCAAUGCCAAAAUUGUCAAUGUCUGCAACUGGAUCCUUUCUUCAACCAUUGGCCUGCCUGUAAUGUUCAUGGCAACAACAAAAUACAGGCACGGUUCCAUAGACUGUACUCUGACAUUCUCUCACCCAACCUGGUAUUGGGAAAACCUGCUGAAAAUAUGUGUCUUCAUCUUUGCCUUCAUCAUGCCUGUCCUUAUCAUCACCGUGUGUUAUGGACUGAUGAUAUUACGCCUCAAGAGUGUCCGCAUGCUGUCUGGCUCUAAAGAGAAGGACAGGAACCUGCGGAGAAUCACCAGAAUGGUCCUGGUGGUCGUGGCUGUGUUUAUCAUCUGCUGGACCCCCAUUCACAUUUAUGUCAUCAUUAAAGCCUUGAUCACCAUUCCAGAAACUACUUUCCAGACAGUUUCUUGGCACUUCUGCAUUGCACUAGGUUACACAAACAGCUGCCUAAACCCGGUCCUUUAUGCAUUUCUGGAUGAAAACUUCAAACGAUGCUUCAGAGAGUUCUGUAUCCCAACCUCCUCCACCAUUGAGCAACAAAACUCCACUCGAAUCCGUCAAAACACAAGAGACCACCCCUCCACCGCCAAUACAGUGGAUAGGACUAACCAUCAGCUAGAAAAUCUGGAAGUGGAAACUGUUCCCUUGCCGUAAAUGAGUCUUAUGCCAGUACGGCCCUCAUUGAGUUUAGACGCCACCAUCUAUGUGGAAGCAGGUCACAGUGAAAGUAUGUGGGAGUCUCUAGAUCGACAGGAAAGUACCCGAUUCUGAGUCAUCAAAACUCUUUCUUCUCUGACAACUCAGUACUGCACCUCAGAGG